UCCUUGACUCUAUAAAAAGCCUCCACGGGGCCGGGCAGCGGCGGGACGCGAGGAGAGCCGAGGCACGGGGCCAUGGAGCAGUACUUCUCGGCCACGCAGAAGAUGGAGCAGGAGGUGAUGUUCCCCAGCCUGCUGCGAGGGGUCUUCCCGCAGGACGGGGCUGACCCAGCCGCCGGCGGCCCCGCAGACCUCUAUGAGCGCUACCAGCUCCUCAAGGCCAUCAAGCCCGUGGUGGAGCGAGGCCUGGCCUCCGUCACCGAUCAGAGCCCCACCAGCAGUGCUGAUGCCGACACGGCCCCAGAUGAUGAUAUAGAUGGGAAUCUGGAGGAGCGGCUGUCCCACCACAUGAAUGGCUUGCAGCAGGUUCUGACCGACCUUACCAAAAACACCAAAGCUCUCACCCGGAGGUACAGCCAGAUCCUGGAGGAGAUCAACCUCGGUGAAGGUCAGAGCAGCUCAUGAGCCUGCACGCAGAGAGUCCAAGGGUAAUCUGACAUUUGCAGCCCAGUGGCAGCUUUACUCCCGUGCCAAGUCCCACCAAGGAUCAUCUUUUGUGACCAGCACAGAGCUUGGCUGUACCAUCGAAGUUGCCACACGGCCAAUCCUCCCAGCAAACCUCAUUGCUUUGUUUCACCUCCAUUUUGGGGGGAUUGUCUUGCAGCAGGCAAGGCAGAAAAGAGUGUUCUCUGUUACUGCUUCCUAGAAGGCAUCUGUAACCUUGAAACAGUGCUUUUGUUCUGCAUGUGCCUAAACCACCUCCCCACUGGUUUCUUUGAUAAUGUCACCAGUUCCCAAAGUCAAUGAUCUGAAAUAAAAUGCAAAGCCUUGAGAAAUGUACAUGUGUG